AAUAGCAGCCGUUUUUAAACUCCAAUUCCGCCAAAACUCACAAAAGCCGCAUAACCUCUAAAUCGCAUUCAAAAGCAUCGACGAACAACCUCUCAGUCUUCCUUUAGUUAUUAAUUUAUUAGUCAAUUGGAAGUUGAAUCUCGGUGACGAUGAGCACCCAACAGAAGGGAAGGUGCAUAACCCUCAAGGGCUCUGCCGAGUUAGUAAAGAAAUACCUUCUCUAUGGCAUCAACAGUAUCUUGUAUCAACGCGGAAUUUAUCCACCGGAGACAUUUGAACCUGCUGAUCAUUUUGGCAUGGCUAUUCUCAUGUCAACUGAUGAAAAAAUCAAGAAUUUUAUGGAUACUGUUCUUGGUCAGGUUGAAGAAUGGCUUCUGCUGAAAAAAGUUCGUCAAGUCACACUUGUUAUUACUAAUGUAAAUACAAAGGAGGUUCUCGAAAAGUGGGACUUCAAGGUCGCUUAUGAGGGCGAUGACGGUACGGGGAGUCUACCCGAGGUUGGGACUAAGGAUGUUCAGGCCAUUCAGAAGGAAAUUCGAGAGGUCAUUAGGCAAAUAACAGGUACUGUAAGUUUCCUUCCCCUCCUGGACUGCCUCUGCUCAUUCGACAUCUUUACCUACACACUUCCCGACGUUGGCAUACCCAAAGAGUGGGACGAGACGCAACCGGUGUUCAUUGCCAAUAGCCAGGAAGUCCAGUUACGAACAUUCUCAACAUCAAUACACAAAAUGGACACAGUUGUUAGUUAUAGAAACACGUAAAAAUUACCUCCACAUUGCACCACUCAAAAUGAUAUUUUCAUUUUUCGGGGCUUUUAUUGGGACACCUUAGAAACAGACAAAAUUAUUUUCACUGGGAAUUUAUUCAAUUACGGGGGAGUUUUAUUGAACUGGAGAUUUCAUGACUUGUCAUACCUGCACGCCGGCUCGCCGACUGUCUCGAAGAAGAGGCAGGUGCCGCCGUUCAUGCAGAAAUCACCGGCUAUGGGGCACGGUUGCUCCUGGCGCGGCCAUGCUGAUGUUGCUGGGGAAAUUAAUUGAUUUGUUACAUUUAUGAAAUUGGUGUAUGAUAGGGUAUAGCUGCGUUUAAUGUUGAUAACUAUGUCUAUUAAUUCCGUAGCGAAGUGGUAGAACAGAUAAGUUGACUUGUCUGAGUGAAAUUUUUAGGGAAUAUCUCCUAAUCCUCUAAUCUAAGGGAGAUGGCGGAAUUUUUGUCAUGACAUUUAUUGUAGCUCUUGAUGUACUCGACAAAAAAGGUUUCAAUGAAAAUUUUGUCAUCUCCCUCAGAUCUCGAGAUAUUCACUAAAAACUGGUCAUCAGUCAAAUGUGACUUUUCUCGGUGUCGUUCGCUACUCAAUUGUAGGUCAAAUAGGAGAGACAGACGGAGGGGUCAAGAAGGUCAAAUGCUCUUAAGGUUGUUGUGCCGCGACAGUCUCUGCAGAAAGUUUAUGGACAGCUAAUAUAUAACUAUAUAUUUUCCAUUGUAACUAUGAACAUUUAUGUGAAUUUAUGAAUUUUAUGUAAAUAUUCUUCUUUAAAACUGAACAGAACCUGUAGCGUAAAUAUUUUACACGACACAACCUUAAAGAUCAAUUAAUUUUGUUGUGUCUUCCGCUUGACCUUGAGGUUGGUUCUCUCAUUUAAUCUUCAAGUACCCCUCCGAGCUUUUGUCAUUUAAUAAACUAACCAAAAUUAAAUAUUAAAGAUAAAUAUAAACAUGUGGAAGAAAGGUUAUUAUUAAGGGACAAUUGAAAGGCACAGAAGGAAGAUAUAAAAGGCUCAGAUGAUCGAGCUUGAAAAACGUUUCAGCCACCCCGUUUUUUUAAUAUAUAUAAAAAAUAAAAAUGAAAUGAC